GGUCUCUCGGUGGCGGCGGUAGUAUAAUCAAAACCACCGACUCUCAUUGGUCGUUCAUAAAAACGUAAAAUUGUUGGAUCAAAGGAAAUAAUAUGAUCGCCAUUGUGCAUUUCGCUGUUCGCGUUCGCUGCUUCACCUGCUACUCGUCCGGUCGGCACUCGUCUAGUACAUUUUACAAUACCCCGAACUCUUUUGGGUAGGUACUGAUUACAAUGGCAUCCGAAAUGGCACCCGGGAUGCCACCAAACACGAUCCAAGUCGUUACACUGGAAGUUAAAAGAAUAUGCCGCAUCUGUCUUUCUGAUAAACGUCUUAUAAAUGUUAUGAAGCUGGGAACGCGGACAAUUCAAUAUUUAACGGACAUUAAGAAAUAUUACGACGUCCAAAUAUGUAACGAUAGAAAGUCUACAAGAUUAUGCAAAAGUUGCCUUCGCAAAGUUGAUGUCUGGCGCCAUGCCUUGAAACAAGCCUCAGCCAGCCAAACGAUUAUAGAUUUUCUCGAUUCUACGUAUCAAGCUCGGCUAAAGAGAAGAAUGAAAAAAGGACAAAAAAAAGUACAAAAAAAAGAUCAAAAAAAAGUCCAAAAAAACGGACAAAAGAAAGAACACAAAAAAAAAUGAAGAUGAUGAC